AUGCCAGAACACCACCACCACCGCCGCCACCACCGCCACGGUCCUCGGUCUCGGUCUCGCUCCCGCUCCCCCUACCAUCAUGACCGUCGACCUUCCCACCGUUCCCGGUCGGAUGAACCGUCCCACCGCCAGCAGCACACCAAGAAGCCUCCCACGACGCCCAAGCCACUGCCAUACGGGGCGCGAGAGCUUUCACGGCGUGACCUCUUCGCCUACCGUCCCUUAUUCGCUCUGUAUCUGGACAUUCAGAAACAAAUCGACCUCGAGGAGCUGGACGACACGGAGGUGAGGGGCCGAUGGAAGAGUUUCCUGGGGAAAUGGAAUCGUGGAGAGCUCGCGCAGGGCUGGUAUGAUCCGACGACGUUGGAAAAGGCGAGAGCCCAGGACCAAGCCUCACCUCCCCCAAAUCGGAGGACGAGUGCAAGACCAGAUCAAACGAGGACGUCUGGUUCUGGACCGCUGGCCCAGGCCGACGAUGACAGCGAACAAGAGGAGGUAGACUUCGGCCCUCCCCUUCCCUCAUCCCUUGCGACCCGAGCGCAACAUGACGACUCCCUCGUGUCUCGAAGUCAAGGCGCCUCCAUCCCUUCCCUCGACGACCUUCGUGCACGCGAUGAGCAUGCCCUUGAAGAGGCCCACGCAAGCCGGAGGCAGCAUGCGGAAGAACUACGCCACGAGCGUCAUCUCGAUCGCAAAAUCCAGAAAGAGCGCCUCGACGAACUCGUCCCGCGCGCCGAACCGGGGAGCCGCGAGCGCCAACUGGAGAAGAAACGCGAGCGCGCUGAGGCGAACCGCUCCUUUGCAGCGUCAAAGGAAGCAGCCGGCGACGUGGAUGUCGUUGACUCCGAGCUCAUGGGGGAUGAGGACGGUCUGGCAGACCUCAAGAAGAUGCACAAGGAGCAGGAGAGAAAGAAAAACGAGAGGGAACUUCGGAGAGAGGAGAUACUCAGGGCCAGACGUGCUGAGCGCGAGAUCAAGUUACAGGCGGUUAGAGAAAAGGAAGAGAAGACUAUGAGUAUUUUCAAGGAGAUUGCACGGCAGCGGUUCGGAGGGGGAGAUGCUCCGUGA